AUGCGCGCUGAUAUGAAGUCUUUCUUUCUGUUUUGUUUUAACUUCCAACGCAUAUUUUAUCUUUCUUUCUUUCUUUCUUUCUUUCUUUCUUUCUUUCUUUCUUUCUUUCGUUUUAUUUCAUUUUCACUUCCCUCUAUUUAUUCUUUCUUUCUUUCUUUCUUUCUUUUUCAUUCUUUCUUUCUUUCUUUCUUUCUUUCUUUCUUUCUUUCUUUCUUUCUUUCUUUCGUUUUAUUUUAUUUUCACUUCCCUCUAUUUAUUCUUUCUUUCUUUCUUUCUUUCUUUCUUUCUUUCUUUCACUUUUCAACAUAUCAUCUAUUUCUUUCUUUAUUGUUUCGUUUUCCAACAUAUCGUUGUUUCUUUCUUCCUUUCGCUUUUCAACAUCUCUUUCUUUCUUUCUUUGUCAAACUUGCAUAUAUUUCUUUCUUUCUUUUUAAUAUUUAUCUUUCAACACUUCUUUCUUUAUUGUUUGGAUUUCCAUCAUCAAUAUUUUAUCUUUCUUUCAAUCAAUCUUCUUCCUACAUAUAUUUCUUUCUUUCUUUCUUUUCUCAUAUAUUUCUUUCAUUCAUUAAUUCUUUCUUUCUUUCUUUGUUUUUUAAUAUUUCACUUAUCACAUUCUAUUCUUUCUUUCUUUCUUAA